AUGGGAGAACCCCCGAGCACCUCCAGCGAGCACUCCCUGCCUCUGCAUCUUCCAGCUGCCCAGCCACCCAGCCCGCAGAUGUCUGCCGUCAGCGGCAUUUCCGUAAUAUCCUCGCAGAUAGGCCCUGAGCCUCGGUCUGAACUCAAGCGAAGGGCUGAAGAGAGAAUCAAUCAGUACCAACGGACCCACCGCCAGAACGAGGAAAAGUUGCAGGACUGUCUUCGGUCGUUCCUUGAGAUGCUCCCUAAUGACGGGUGUGAGUCGAUAGCUAGCGAUAUUGUCAAUUCUCAGACCGACGCUAUUCUUUGGCAGGUAUACCACAACCUGCUGACAGAAAUCACUACUGACCUACUCAUAGUGAAGGCAGAUAGCCGCACUCCCUCGCUAACUACCUCCCCUCGUACCCAACGCCAAAUAAAUGCUGAUAUUGUUGCCGGGACCCUCCCCGAUGAGUCGCAGCUGAGAGACGCCUCCUUUCGUGAAGCCUGUCUGCAAAGGGAUCGUCAGUGUUGCGUAAUUACAAACUUUGUUGAGACAGAACAUUGGGUGAAAAUCGGCUCCCCAGCUACUAUGAUUUCGGGAGACCUUGAGGCCGCUCAUAUAAUCCCGUAUUCUUUUGGCGCCUGCGAGGGUAAGACUCUGCCAGUCGAUUCUGGCCCAAAGUGGGAGGUUCUUUCCCGCUGUUUCCCGGGGGUGCGACGGGCUGGAAUGAGACCUGAAAACAUUAAUGAUCCGGCGAAUGGUCUCACACUGCUAGGCCCCCUUCACCUUCAAUUUGGGAAGUUUCGGAUGGCCUUCCAGCCCACGGAAACCCCCCACACCUAUCGUUUGAAGACUUAUCCGCGAUUCAGCACUUAUUUGCACCAAUCUUUACCGGAAAGUCGUACAGUGACUUUCACCAAGGCCGACGAUGCAGGGGCCAUCCCUAGACCAAGCGCAGCCCUUCUGGACUGUCACUUUCGUCUAGCGGAGAUCCUUCACGCGUCCGGCAUGGGCGAGUACAUCGAAAAGAAGAUGAGGGACUGGGACACAAUUAAAUGUGGCCCAGAAUCUAGGCAGCUUUCAGCCGACGGAUCGACGGACGUGAGCCGGUAUCUACAGGCUGGGCUUUGGAACCGCAUCUCUGUUUCAUGA